ACCCCUCUCUGCAUUGUCACAGCCCUGUAUCACCACUCUUAAAAGGCUCCCACAGCCACUCCUAGCACCAGUUGUUGACCAGCCUGCCACUUGCCUCCCUGCCUGCUUCUGGCUGCCUUGAAUGCCUGGUCCUUCAAGCUCCUUCUGGGUCUGACACAGCAGGGACCAUGUCUACCUUUGGCUACCGAAGAGGACUGAGUAAAUAUGAAUCCAUCGACGAGGAUGAACUCCUCGCCUCCCUGUCAGCCGAGGAGCUGAAGGAGCUAGAGAGAGAGUUGGAAGACAUUGAACCUGACUGCAACCUUCCCGUGGGGCUAAGGCAAAAGAGCCUGACAGAGAAAACCCCCACGGGGACAUUCAGCAGAGAGGCACUGAUGGCCUAUUGGGAAAAGGAGUCCCAAAAACUCUUGGAGAAGGAGAGGCUGGGGGAAUGUGGAAAGGUUGCAGAAGACAAAGAGGAAAGUGAGGAAGAGCUUAUCUUUACUGAAAGUAACAGUGAGGUUUCUGAAGAAGUGUAUACAGAGGAGGAGGAGGAGGAGUCCCAGGAGGAAGAGGAGGAAGAAGACAGUGACGAAGAGGAAAGAACAAUUGAAACUGCAAAAGGGAUUAAUGGAACUGUAAAUUAUGAUAGUGUAAAUUCUGACAACUCUAAGCCAAAGAUAUUUAAAAGUCAAAUAGAGAACAUAAAUUUGACCAAUGGCAGCAAUGGGAGGAACACAGAUUCCCCAGCUGCCAUUCACCCUUGUGGAAAUCCUACAGUGAUUGAGGAUGCUUUGGACAAGAUUAAAAGCAAUGACUCUGACACCACAGAAGUCAAUUUGAACAACAUUGAGAACAUCACAACACAGACCCUUACCCGCUUUGCUGAAGCCCUCAAGGACAACACUGUGGUGAAGACGUUCAGUCUGGCCAACACGCAUGCCGACGACAGUGCAGCCAUGGCCAUUGCAGAGAUGCUCAAAGUCAAUGAGCACAUCACCAACGUAAACGUCGAGUCCAACUUCAUAACGGGAAAGGGGAUCCUGGCCAUCAUGAGAGCUCUCCAGCACAACACGGUGCUCACGGAGCUGCGUUUCCAUAACCAGAGGCACAUCAUGGGCAGCCAGGUGGAAAUGGAGAUUGUCAAGCUGCUGAAGGAGAACACGACGCUGCUGAGGCUGGGAUACCAUUUUGAACUCCCAGGACCAAGAAUGAGCAUGACGAGCAUUUUGACAAGAAAUAUGGAUAAACAGAGGCAAAAACGUUUGCAGGAGCAAAAACAGCAGGAGGGAUACGAUGGAGGACCCAAUCUUAGGACCAAAGUCUGGCAAAGAGGAACACCUAGCUCUUCACCUUAUGUAUCUCCCAGGCACUCACCCUGGUCAUCCCCAAAACUCCCCAAAAAAGUCCAGACUGUGAGGAGCCGUCCUCUGUCUCCUGUGGCCACACCUCCUCCUCCUCCCCCUCCUCCUCCUCCUCCUCCCCCUUCUUCUUCCCAAAGGCUGCCACCACCUCCUCCUCCUCCCCCUCCUCCACUCCCAGAGAAAAAGCUCAUUACCAGAAACAUUGCAGAAGUCAUCAAACAACAGGAGAGUGCCCAACGGGCAUUACAAAAUGGACAGAAAAAGAAAAAAGGGAAAAAGGUCAAGAAACAGCCAAACAGUAUUCUAAAGGAAAUAAAAAAUUCUCUGAGGUCAGUGCAAGAGAAGAAAAUGGAAGACAGUUCUCGACCUUCUACCCCACAGAGAUCAGCUCAUGAGAAUCUCAUGGAAGCAAUUCGGGGAAGCAGCAUAAAACAGCUAAAGCGGGUGGAAGUUCCAGAAGCCCUGCGAUAAAAACACGAUCUUUAGAAGAGGAUGCAGAACUGUUCAGUGGUAUUACACGAAAUGCAUUGUGAGAUGUUUCUAAAAUACCUUCUUCAAUUCAAAAUGAUCCCUGACUUUAAAAAUAAUCUCACUCAUUAAUUCCAAAGAGAAUCUUAAGAAACAAUCAGCAUGUUUCUUCUGUAAAUAUGAAAAUAAAUUUCUUUUUUAUGUCGUGAGAUUUGUAUUGGCAAGAAGCAGUUAAUUUAAAGAUGCUCUUCCUAUCUCUGGAUGUGUUGGUAACUCCGAGUUGUAAUGAGUUCAUGAAAUGUGCUGUUAUUUUUGUAAUCUCAAUAAAUGUGGAUUGAAGUUUUUUCCCUUUUUUUAAAGCCAAACUAAUAUUUUUCUGUGACUUGAUACAUCUGUCAGAUUUUUGUAAUCUCGAUAAAUGUGUAUUGAAGUUUUUUCCCUUUUUUUAAAAAGCCAAACUAAUAUUUUUCUGUGAGUUAAUACAUCUGUCAGGUGUGUAUGUAACAUUACUGGACAUUAAAAAAAAAUUACAUUCUCACCCAAAAAGGGUUUGGGUCCUAAGCAUUUGCCUUUCUUUGUUUCCUCUUGUUCAAGAAAAUCUGAUUAGAUCUCUUUCUAAAGGACUGCAAGCAAUAAUUUUUAAAAUAUUUUAUUUAUUUAUUUAUUUUUUUGAGACAAGUCUUGCUCUGUUACCCAGACUGGAGUACAGUGGCACAAUCAUAACUCACUGCAGCCUCAAACUCCUUGGCUCCACUGAUCCUUCUGCCUCAGCCUCUGGAGUCCCUAGGACUACAGGCAUGCACCACCACACCUGUCUAACAAUUUCAUUUUUUUGUAAAGACGGGGUCUCACUGUGUUGCCUAGACUGGUUUCCAACUCCUGGGCUCAAGAGAUCCUCCCACCUGGGGCUUCCAAAGCACCGGGAUUAUAGGCGUGAGCUAGCGUGCCCAGUAAGAACUUUCUUCAAAGUGAGAUAAAACGUUGCAAAAAGAUCAUCAACGUGAUCAUUAUCAUCUGAGAUUCAUUGAUGCUAGACCCAGGAUGGUAGCUGAUGCUUCCAUAUUUCCAGAAAUACCAUAGGUACCCAGAUGUUGAUUCAAUCAUUUAUUAUAAAAAUGAAUGAUCUCCGGAAGGAAUAAAAUUGAAAAGAAGUUUCCUGGUAGGAAGGAAAUAAGUGCUAGAGGAAUGCUGGAAGGUAAGACCCCUAAAUUCAAAGCUACCUUUUGGCUGAUGCUAAGGAUGGACCAUUCAAGUCUCUCUUUGAGCUCUCCUUGGAUAAGCGUUAGUCUAGUGGGUCUCUACACAAAUCACGACGAUGCUAACAUUCACAAAAUAGACAUGGGGACAUGGGGCACAUGCAUUUUUUCCAGCUAUCCUUCUACUCCUGUCACUCAAGAAGUGUCUGAAUUCAAAUAAGAGAAAGACAUAUUGAAUUACCUUCACUUCUCUCUAGUAUUCCACUCUAAUUUAUGAAAGUUAUAAAUCCCUCUAAAGUCCUUUGUAUUAACUAUGAUUAGCGACGUAUCCUUUGUGUCCUACAGAUUAUAACAGUGAUCUUGGCAAACUCUCUGAGUCACCCAGUAAGUAAUUGUUUGCUUCAUAUACAGAGCUUUGGAUUAUCUCCAAUCAAGAGGAUUGUGUUUCACUAGAAAAUCUCUCCCAUAGUCCUUCGGCCUGGCUCUUUGAGUCUGUUUCUGCUGUUCAGCCAUUCUUUUACAGAAUAACAACUGACAUAAUCACUUAAAAAGGAUCCCAGUGGCCCAUGAGCUAGUUGGUGCCCUGAUUCCAUGUGAGGGAAGGGAGGUGACUGAUAUUUUCUGAACUAAGUUGUCUCAUGUUUUCACAACAACAUUAAAAGGUGCCAUUGCAAUUUUAUAGUUGAGUAAACCGAGGUAAAGACAGGGUAAGGCUGGUGUCUCUGACUGUAAAGUUCAUGCUCCUUCCGUGUCACUGCACCUCUCUUCUUCCAUCCAGACUUAGCCUCCCAAGGUUUGCUGUUCUUACAACAGUGGAGAUCUUCAUUUCCCUUGGUAGAGACUUCACUAUUUUCACCUCAUGGUCACAAUUACAUUCAUUCUUGUUCAAGGAAAUAAAAGGUAAAAUGUACAUUUUUAAAAGGCAUGUAUGUGUGCAGGUGUGUGAAUUUAGAACAGAAAGCCAAGGCAGGCCUUCCCUUCCUCUGACCCUUGUGUGUGCAUGAAGACAGGGCUCUUCUAAGUCAAAGGGUUGUGAGAGGUGAACAGCUUCCACCUCCAGUCUGAUGAGGCAGAGGAGCAAAAGUUUGCUGAUAAACUGGGUCAUUGAUUAAACCAUGCAGAGAUCCCAGGAGCGGAGUGUGGCAGCCCUCCUGAAUAAAGAGGAAAAGGCUAGCCUGAGUAUUACCAGGAGCUGGUUGGGCUGGGGAGACUGGCCAAGCCUUCUCACCAGAAGCAAGUGAUGAGGAGACAUGUUUUCUCCUUUGCAUUUUAACAGGCUGCCUUACUGUGGCUUUCUGUGCCUUAAGAGAGAGCAACAUGUACUUACUACAGACUUCACAAAGUUUAAAUGAAGAUACAGGCUCUCACAUCAAUCUAAGAAACAAAGUUAUAAAGCACAUAAUAAGACAAGUAUAAUAUGGUCAGAUUCUAAGUGGGCACAUUUAUCGUUAUGAAAAAAGCAUUUCUAGAAUGUGUUAUUUCAGAAUCCAGUACUGUAAACAUGCAAAAUAUUAUGAUGAUCAUUAUUCAGCACAGAACGCGGAUCCUGGUCCAUCCUCCCUGGAAACUCAUAGAGCUGAUAUGAAAACUAAUUAGUUCAUCCUCUAUAAAGAGCUUUCAACUCACUGGGAGAGAGACUGUCCAAGACCAGAUGAAGUGUUUAGGCUCUGAUUAAUGUGGGCAUGUUAAUCUCAGAAAGUACAGCUCAGUACAGCUCAUCCUGAUUUGAAACAGGGCCAGGAUGCUGAGUCCCCCUGCUUCAUGAGCCCUGCUGCCACAGGUAUUUAAUAACUCGGUGUCAGCAGGAUCUUGAUUUAAUACCUGCCCUGAGACUGUUACUACCACAGGGUGAAAGGAAGAGGUAAUUACAGGCUGCAAUGUCUCUAUGCAGAUGCACUAAAGACAGGGGUAAAUCAAUACGCUCCUGAAAAUAUCUCAUAACUACUUCCUUUCUCGACAUAGUUAAAGCUGCCUCUUCCUUGUUUCUCUGAAGCUCUUAAGGUGGACUUUUAGUUCCAUAAAUUGCCAAAUGUAUGAUAUAAAAGACUACAAGUUGAUCUAAAACUUACAAAACUCAGAAAUAUGGCACCAAUAUUGGUGCACUUAACAUCACAAAUAUUUUCUGACUGCCUGCUGUGUUCCAGAUAUCUUCCAAACACUGGAGGUAAACAGUGAGCAAAGGCAAUAGAACCCCUGUCCUCAUGUAACUUACAUUCUAGUGUAAGGAGGAAGCUUACACUACUCCUUCAUGCAUUCUGCAUUUAUAUAUCAAGUGGCUUCUAUGGACAGGGCACUCUCCUCCAGGCUUGGGAGACCAGGCUGAAUUAGAAAGUGUCUUCUACCUCAGAGUAGUGGGAAUUUUAAGGAAAGCAACACUUCCAGAAGAGUAAAAAUUUUCUUAGUUCAAAGGCUGUACAAAAAUAGGUGUUGGAUAGCUUCAGCCUGUGAACCACGUUUUAUC